AAAUGGACCGAGUAGCCCAACAAACCCUAGGCUCACUCUCUUAUUAGGGUUUAUUAUAUACUCGGCCGCGAUUUAUCCUUUCUGUCUCUUGAACCGCCUCACUCAUACCAGUUGCGCAAAGAACUCGUAAUUAGCCAUGAGUAAGCUACAAAGUGAUGCAGUUAGAGAAGCCAUCACGCAGAUUACUAAUGAUGCAAAAGAAAAGGGUCGCAAGUUUACUGAAACUAUUGAACUUCAGAUCGGACUUAAGAACUAUGAUCCCCAGAAAGACAAGCGUUUCAGUGGCUCAGUUAAAUUACCACACAUCCCCAGGCCUAAGAUGAAGGUUUGCAUGCUUGGUGAUGCUCAGCACGUGGGAGAGGCUGAGAAAAUUGGUUUGGAGUCUAUGGAUGUGGAAAGCUUGAAGAAAUUAAACAAGAACAAGAAACUGGUGAAGAAGCUUGCCAAGAAGUACCAUGCUUUCUUGGCUUCUGAAGCUGUUAUCAAACAAAUUCCACGUCUUUUGGGCCCUGGUCUCAACAAGGCAGGAAAGUUUCCCACACUAGUGUCCCAUCAGGAAUCUUUGGAGUCGAAAGUUAACGAGACAAAAGCAACAGUAAAGUUUCAACUUAAGAAGGUUCUCUGUAUGGGAGUUGCUGUUGGCAACUGCAGUAUGGAGGAUAAGCAGUUGUUCCAAAAUGUUCAAAUGAGCGUUAACUUUCUGGUUUCUUUGCUGAAGAAGAACUGGCAAAACGUGAGGUGCUUGUACCUGAAGAGUACCAUGGGGAAGCCAGUGCGGAUUUUUUAAGAAAUUAGGUUUCUUAAUAUAAGAGCAGUAUUCAUAGACUCUAUACUGUUAUGCUUCACAUCUUUUUGUUCUUUAAGUUGUGUUCCAUCAAACAAUUUUGAGCUUUUGAUCCAAUUGACUUUAUUUAGAAGUUCAUAUCA